AUGAAAAUAAAAAUAAAGAACUUUAGCAUCUUAAUUAAAUGGAACAAUUAUUUCAAAUGCAAGGUCGAAUUUAAAGUAUGGAAGCCCUGUAAACAUCGGUCCAUUAAAAGAUUCUAUAUAUAUAACUGGUCAACCUAAUCCGCAUUGUUAUACAUUUAGUAUGAUGGAUGUUUAAUUUAAACAAAGAUAUGA